CGUCCACUCCACCCUCCUCCUCCAAGGCGAAACCCCCAAAUCCUUCUCGCCCCUCGCAUCAUAUCUACAAGCGUAAGCCCCGCCCCAAAUCCGCAAUCCCCAGCAAGUCGGCUGCGGCGGCGCUAUGGGAGGCGGCGGCGGGGACGGCGAGGCGUGGGCGGAUCAGGAGCAGGGAAACGGAGGGGGCCGCGGCGGCGGCGGCGGCGGGGGCGGGGGAGAGGCGAAGCGGUCGGAGAUCUACACGUACGAGGCCGGGUGGCACAUCUACGCCAUGAACUGGAGCGUGCGGCGCGACAAGAAGUACCGGCUCGCCAUCGCCAGCCUGCUGGAGCAGCUCCCCAACCGCGUGGAGGUGGUCCAGCUCGACGAGUCCUCGGGCGACAUCGCCCCCGUGCUCUCCUUCGAGCACCCCUUCCCGCCCACCAAGACCAUGUUCGUCCCGGACCCGCACUCGGUGCGCCCGGACCUGCUCGCCACCUCCGCCGACCACCUCCGCAUCUGGCGCAUCGUCUCGCCGGACGACGCCGCCGACGCCGACGCCAACUCCAACUCCAACUCCGGCUCCGUCCGCUGCAACGGCGCCUCCCAGCCUUCCGUCGAGCUGCGCUGCGAGCUCAACGGCAACCGCAACAGCGACUACUGCGGCCCGCUCACCUCCUUCGACUGGAACGACGCUGACCCCCGCCGCAUCGGCACCUCCUCCAUCGACACCACCUGCACCAUCUGGGACAUCGAGCGCGAGGCCGUCGACACCCAGCUCAUCGCCCACGACAAGGAUGUCUACGACAUCGCCUGGGGCGGUGCUGGCGUCUUUGCAUCCGUCUCGGCUGACGGCUCGGUUCGCGUGUUUGAUCUCCGGGACAAGGAGCAUUCCACAAUUAUCUACGAGUCUGGUUCUGGCGGUGGCUCCAAUUCGGCUGGUGCAGAUGGCGGGGCUGUGUCGCCAACGCCGCUGGUUAGGUUAGGGUGGAACAAGCAGGAUCCUAGGUACAUGGCAACCAUUAUCAUGGAUAGCCCCAAGGUGGUUGUGCUUGAUAUCCGCUAUCCAACACUACCGGUGGUCGAGCUCCACCGCCACCAUUCCCCUGUCAACGCCAUAGCAUGGGCACCACACUCUUCUUGCCACAUUUGCACAGCUGGGGAUGACUCGCAGGCCCUUAUAUGGGACCUAUCAUCCAUGGGCACUGGGAGUAACAAUGGUGGCAAUGGAAAUGGCAAUGCUGCAGCAGCUGCAGCUGCUGAGGGUGGUCUUGAUCCCAUAUUGGCGUACACUGCUGGGGCAGAAAUUGAGCAGCUGCAGUGGUCAGCCACCCAGCCUGACUGGGUCGCUAUUGCAUUCUCCAAUAAACUGCAGAUCCUCAGGGUCUGAUUUCUUCAUUCCAAUGCUAGUAGUGAGGGGAUGCCAACAAGAACAAAGAAACUCAGCUUGGAUAAUGAGGUUAGGUGAUCAGAAGAAAUUAUUACUUCAGUCUUACUUAUUUUAAGUUGUGCACAGAUGAUACGUGUGCUGAGUUGGAUCUAGUGAUAUAAAAAAUUGUUUGCUAGCUAGAAGCUGGAAUUAGCAAUGAACUGAGCUGUUAGAGUAAUUAGCUGCUCUAGGUUAGCAUUGAUUACAAUGGGACUGUAGUUAUGUUUGUUCCUUGUGCUGGAAUGUCCAGCUCCAGUAGGGUUUAAGUUCGCCUCUUGACUUCCAUGUUGUGUUUUGCAUUUGAAGUAUAUGCUAAGUUAUAAGCCUGUGCGUGUUAUUUUGUUUAA